GUCGCCUGGCGGGCCACGAUGGGGUACGAGCAGCUCCUGAGCCUGCAGCAGAGCCAGCACGCCCUGGACCUGACAUGCGGCGGCGGGACGCGGAGGCCGCUCACCUCCGCGCCAGGGUGGAGCUCCUGGAGCGCGGCGCGCCGCAGGAGGACCCGGGGCACCACGUGCUGGCCGCGCUGAAGUUCAAAGACGAGGAGGUAGCGGCAUCGAUGGCGGCCAAGCACAAGGAGCUCGAGAUGAUGGCCGGGCUGCUGCAGCUGCGCGAGCAACAGAUCGAGGAGUUCAGGCGGCUGUGCGAGGAGCAGCGCUCGGAGAUCCAGCAGUUGAAGGAUCGACCCCAGCCUCGGCGACCAGACGGCUUCCGCCGGGUCCCUCCUGGGGAGCGCGCAGGAUACGAGCUGCGGCGGGCGUCCAGCGCCAUCUUCCGGCGCCUCGCGCAGCCCGGGGGCGAUGCCUCGCUCGAGGCCUGCCCGUGCGGCCACGCGUACACCGACCGCCGCGCCCGCUUCUGUGACCACCCGGGGAGCAGCAGGGCUGGCGGGCAGCGCUCCCCGUGCGGCGGGCGCCGGCGCGCCCCGGUGAAGCUGCAUAUUGACCAGUUGCCGCGGUGGAAGGAGCCGGGAUCCGACGCCACUGCCGCGGUGCUCGCCUCUCCGCACGCCGAUGGUGGCAGCCUCAUCACCCAGAGGUGGUGUUGCCAGGUACGCAUGGUCUUCGCCAACUUCGUCGAGGCCUUGCUUCCGAAUCGCGCGCACGGGCUGGCGGACUCUCCCAGCGAUUGUGCUUCCACGAACGCCAUUAUCGCGAGUUCCAGGGGCUCGCAGGGGCUCCACUUCCUCGCCACCUCCACCCUGCUGGCGUUCCCGCCAGUCGCCUCCGCCCUCGUGCUCGUGAGUCGGCUCCAAGGUGUCGGGAUCACAGCGAAGGGCGAUUUCGUGAAGCGCUUCGGCAGCGUGCGCUUCGAGGGCUGCAGUACCCCGCCUGUUGGGCCCAUGCGGCCCCCGCUGGCGCCGCCCGCGCCGCUGCAGUUCCGCGACCCCAGCCCCGAGCCGCCGCCCUGCGCGGCCGCGGGGGGCGCAGCGAGCGACGAGGAGGACGACCUUCCGCUGCAGUGCUUCGCCGCCGCGCGCGGCGGCGGGCCGGGGCUGGGCGACGAGGAGAGCGAUUGUGUGGUGACGUUCUUGGAGCCGCUGCCGGACCAGGACUUCGGAGGAGGGCGAGGAGGCCGAGCCCGCCGGACGCGCCGGAGCGGGCGCGGCGGCGCGCACGGAAGUGCGCCCGCAGGCCCCGCCGGCGUACUCGGCGGCGGCCACCGCCUCUUGGUGCGGCGGCGCCCUGGAGCCCACGAGGACGCUCUGGAAUGCCGCCGCCUUCCAGGCGGACGCGGCCCGGUUUCUCGCCGCCGCGCAGGUGGCCGAGGAGCCGCCCGCCUCGUCGCCGGCCUCCGCGUAGGCGCCAGCGCAGCGGCCGUGCAGGUUUUGAUGUAGGUUGGCUGUUUCUCUUGCCUUCGUGGCUUGAGGAAGAAGAAUCUGCAUACGCAUGAGCUUCAGAAGUCUGGCGCCGAUCCACAAACUCCGCGCGGACCCGCGAAAGCCGAUGCUUAGGCAGACUGUUCUUCUUCUAGUGGCGGCCCGGGGUUUCCAGACCCCCUCGCCGCGUUGUGACAGCAAACGCCGAAUAAGAAAACGUUGGCCUGGGCUGCGCGAGGCUGGCGCGCGCCGAGGGGGCUCGAGGACUCUCAGGAGUGAGGGGGCGCCGGCUGGGGCGCCUGCAGAGCGGCCCCCCGCUCCGCGCAGCCUUCGGGGCAAGAGCGCCUGGCCUCUUCCGGGCAGCGCGCUGCAGGUGGCCGCCUCCUCGCUGAUGCUCCUCAUUCGAGCGAGGCGGAGCGGAGAGGGCCGAGCAGCACCAUGAGGAGGGGCACCACCCAGCACGGGGCGCGGCGCCGGCGGCGGGAGGGCGGAGCGAGGCGGGGCCGCGCACCCGCACGCGGACGGGGCUCGCCGCGGUGCGGGGGCGCCCGCGGCCCAGCUCGACUCGAAAA